AUGGAUCCCCGCUCUCGAUCUUGCUACAACUGUGCGUAUCUUCCAGUCCUGCAGCUUCUUGCUGAGGCUCGCCUACGGCACACACAAUCCAAGCUUCGCUCCCAAAGACCACCAGCCAAGGAUUGCCCCAAGAAGGGUACCCCCACCUGCUACAACUGCGGUGGCGAGGGCCACGUGAGGCGGCGCCCCCCAAGCUACGGUGGUGCUCCUGGUGGUGGCCAGGAAUGCUACAAGUGCGGCCAGGUUGGUCACAUCGCUCGCAACUGCUCCCAGGGUGGUGGCUACGGCGGUGGUUACGGCGGCGGUUACGGCGGACGCCCCCAGACUUGCUACUCUUGCGGUGGUUUCGGCCACAUGGCCCGUGACUGCACUCAGGGUCAGAAGUGCUACAACUGCGGCGAGGUUGGCCAUGUUUCCCGCGACUGCACCACCGAGGCUCGCGGCGAGCGCGUCUGCUACAAGUGCAAGCAGCCCGGCCACGUCCAGGCUGCCUGCCCCAACUAA